UGAUGUUCCGUUCCGAAUCGGUCGCUCAAGAUGCCAGCGGCGGUGGUGAUGGGUGAAAAUUACGAUAAACUACUAGAGCAAUGCGAAAUGCAGGAGCUGGAGGCUCCGGGUGGAAUCGCGACCCCUCAGGUAUAUGCCCAGCUGCUGGCCCUGUAUCUCCUGCACAAUGACAUGAAUAAUGCCCGGUAUCUAUGGAAACGCAUUCCACAGGCCAUAAAAACUGCUAACCCAGAGCUGGCAGCCAUCUGGGCGGUUGGUCAGCGCAUCUGGCAAAGAGAUUUUCCAGGAAUCUACUCCAGCAUUGCUGCCCACCAGUGGUCAGAGAGCAUCUUGCCCGUCAUGGAGGCCUUGCGAGAGACCACCCGCAGACGCGCGUUUGGCCUGGUGGCACAGGCAUACACCUCGAUCACAGCAGACGACUUCGCCGCCUUCGUGGGAUACUCUGUGGAGGAGGCAGUGAAAGGAGUGGUCAGUCAGGGCUGGCAGGCGGACCCUAACACCAGGAUGGUAAUGCCACAGAAGCCAGAUCCUCCUCCAGUUUCCCUGGUUCCCAACGAGCAGCAGCUGGCCAGACUCACUGACUACGUGGCUUUCCUUGAGAACUGAUAAACCCCACCCGUCCCGCCUGUCAAACCUCAGGCUCUCUCAACCCCCCCCUUCCAGCGAGAUACACCUCCAGCACCCCCGAGCCGGCCCCAGGUCGCCCUCACAGCGCUCAGCCCGUUCCUCCAGCAUCGCCCGGUGGCUGGCCACUACCCAGCCCAAUUGACAAUAAGGCAGACCCGAACACAUACCCAGUUUGUGGAUGGGUGCCCAAAGUAAGAGAUGCACUGUCUCACCAUGACCUUCAACAUGAGAUUGGGGGGUGUGGGCACCUCUUGGAACUGAAAUAACCGGGGUGCUGUUUUCAGCCACUUCCCCUCGCCGAUUUGAAGGUGACACACCCUCUAGCUUCGUUUGGCACAGCCUAGCACAUUACAGUUUUCCACAGCCCGUAACGUAGCGCUGUAGCAACUGACUGCCGUUCAAGUUUCUAAGAAGUGAUUUGCAUGUCGGUAGGUCUACCCUUUUUUUAUGCUUUGCAUGCAACACUUAACACGUGGACAGUGGAGUAGAAGUGUCUUUCCGGGUUUACUCUGUUAAAAAUGUGCUGACACCUUACAGUAUGGGCCAUCUGUUAAGUGCAGUUCAUGUAUUUGACUUG